AUAAACAAAAGAAAAAGAAGAGCAUGUGAUUAUCACAUGUUUGGUCCGUAUUAAGUUCCCUAAAAACCGAGAGCUUCAUCAAUUGCCUUGCCGGGAGGGUUAGGGUUCCCAAUUUCGAUUUUGCACCUGCAAAUUGGGACAGAGGAAGAAGAAAGAUGUGGCACGAAGCACGAAGAUCGGAGAAGAAAGUACACGAUAUGAUGGACGCUGCUCGUAAGAGAGCUCAAAGACGCGCCAUCUAUCUCGCUAAACGCCGUGGCGAUCCUCAACAAUCCAUUCAAGCCGUUGGUUCUCGAUGUCGCAUCUACCGCGAUGACGCUCUUUAUCAAGCCACCGAGGAUCAGCAAGGCCUGAUACCUUGGAAUGGGAAACAAGACAUUUUGAUUGACAGAUUUGAUGGUCGUGCUCUUCUGGAUUUUAUUCGUGAUGCUAGUUCCCGACAUCGUCGGGCACCAGAAAAAACAGACGAAGAGGAAGAACUAGAAGAGUUUGUUAAUUUUCAGCGUUAUCGGGAUUUAAUUAAGCAUCGGCGUAGAGGAUUUAAGGACGAAGAGGGUAUGCAACAUGUUAAUCUGGAGAUGGAGGCUAAGACAACUGCACUUCUUGGCUCCGACAGACCUCAACUUUCUCAGCCUUCAGCGAGCAAGGGAUCGUAUUCACAAGUGGGUUUCUCGUACGAUGGAGAGGGGAAAGAUGAAGUUCACUUUUCAGACGGCGAAGAAGAUGGCGAUGAUGAUGAUGAUGAUGAAGAAGAAGAUUUUAACAGUGAUGAUAGCAAUGAUGAAGCGAUGGAGUCAAUUGCCAAAGAUUUUGGAGUGAAAAGGUAUGGAUGGCUUGUCUACAUGGACAAAAAGGCUAGGGAGGAAGAACGGAGGCAAAGAGAAGUAAUCAAAGGAGAUCCUGCAAUAAGGAAACUGAGUCGCAAAGAGAGAAGAAAGGCUUCUCAAAUAGAAAGGGAGAGGGAAAGAGAAGCAGCCCGUAUUACCGGGAGUAGAGUUCUCCUUCAUGAUCCCUAUCGCGAGUCUCGACGAAGUCCGACAUAUGAAGCCUAUUCACGUUCAAGAAGAUCCAGGUCAAGAUCUCUCUCAUAUUCGCCUCCCCUUUCAAGGCGCUAUGAACGUGGAGGAAAAUCUGAAGAUAUUUACCAAGGCAAGGAGAGAACACCGAAGAUAGAGUAUAUUACUGAAUUUGGUGGCGCAGAUGAUGAGAACGAGCCUAAGAUUGAAGGAUAUUCUCCACCACCAUCUCCUCCGUCUCGAAUUGAUUCAUUGAGCCGGCCAUCAACUGGUCGUAUUCUUGAGGCCCUCCAUGUUGAUCCUGCAUCUGGGGUAGCUAGUGAUAAGGAUAAGAGUGGCCAAAUGUUGAAAACACCAACAAGUGCAUCCUCAGCACUAUCAAAGUUAAACAAGACAACUAGUAGUUCAAGCUUCUCUAAACAGCAGGGUGAAAAGAAGGAAACACCUCAAGAGCGGCUUAAGCGCAUUAUGAGCAAACAAUUGAACAAACAAAUCAAGAAAGAUACAGCUAUUGAAAUUGCCAAGAAAAGAGAACAAGAGAAACAGAGGCUUGAAAAGCUGGCAGAGACAAGCCGAUUUAACCGGUAUCGUCACCGAAGCCGUAGUAGAAGUUACAGUCGUUCUCCUCGAAGGCAUCGACAUAGCCGGAGUCGCAGCAGAGAAAGGAGUUCUCGCAGAUAUCGUUCACGGUCAAGGUCUCACUCUCACUCACAUUCACCUUCGCGUUCUCACUCUAGUUCACGCUCCCUUUCCCGGUCUCGUUCACCUGGUAGGAGACGAUCAAGAUACUGAUACUUCAGGCACGACUGGAUGCAUAAACCUGCUCAAGGUGAACCAGUAUUAGCUGUGGGCGGUAUAUAUUACUGAUGUAUUGUUGUACUGUUUUAACUUAUACUGAAGCUGAAUUUGGGUUGAUACUGAAGCUGAAUUUGGGUUGAUGGCGUGAACUACUUUUCCUAUGUUUAUUGUUUUCUGUUGCUUCUGAACACUUUAAAGGAUAUUUAGCGCUAUAAUUCAAUUAUUUCAGCUCCUUUUAGGAUAA